UAGUGGCAAUUUCUGAAUUUCAGCCUUUUCUUCCUUUCAGUUUCUGCUUCCUAAAUCCAUAUGCCAAGGUCUCCCAGACACGAGAUGGCACGUCACAAGCCUUCAGUCGUUCUGGAAUGCAGGAUGUGUGUGGGUAAUGGAGUGAUGUCAUAGGUACAUUCCAGCCUGACACCUUGACCACAGAGGAAGGCCAAAGAAGGCUUUUUCCUGAGUUCUCCAGAGGAGUAUUCUCCAGAGGUCAAUACAAAAAACAUGAACCUCAUUGGGUUUUUGAAGUCCCAGUUUCUGUGCCAUCUCCUCAUAUGCUACAUCUUCAUCGUCUCAGGACUCAUCAUCAACACAAUUCAGCUUUUUACCCUCAUACUCUGGCCCAUCAACAAGCAACUCUUCAGGAGAAUCAACUGCAGGCUGGCUUAUUGCAUUUCGAGCCAGUUGGUGAUGCUGUUGGAGUGGUGGUCCGGGACUGACUGCACCCUGUACACGAAUCACGAGGAUUACCACCGUUAUGGGAAGGAAAAUGCCAUCGUCAUCCUAAACCACAACUUUGAAAUUGACUUUCUCUGUGGCUGGAACUUUUGUGAACGAUUUGGAGUCUUAGGGAGUUCCAAAGUGCUUGCGAAGAAAGAGCUUUCCUAUGUCCCUCUGAUUGGCUGGAUGUGGUAUUUCCUGGAAAUUGUCUUCUGUACCCGCAAAUGGGACGAGGACCGGCGGACGGUCAUGAAAGCCUUGCUCAAUCUUCGGGAUUACCCCGAGAACUUCUGGUUCCUGAUUCAUUGCGAGGGCACAAGGUUCACAGAACAGAAACACCAGAUCAGUAUGCAGGUAGCUGAGGCUAAAGGUCUGCCUAAACUCAAAUAUCAUCUCCUGCCACGUACAAAGGGUUUUGCUGUCACUGUGAAGUGCUUGAGAAAUGUAGUUUCUGCUGUAUAUGACUCGACACUCAAUUUUAGAAACAAUGAGAAUCCAACUUUAUUGGGAGUCUUAAAUGGGAAGAAAUAUCACGCAGAUUUAUAUGUAAGAAGGAUUCCACUAGAAGAAGUCCCGGAGGAUGAAGAGGAGUGUUCUGUCUGGCUCCAUAAACUCUACCAAGAAAAGGAUGCCUUUCAGGAGCAAUACUAUCAGACAGGCACCUACCCGGGCACCGCCAUCGUGCCCCCCCGGCGGCCAUGGACGCUCUUGAAUUGGCUGUUGUGGGCCCUCUUGCUGCUCUACCCCUUAUUCCAGCUGCUCAUCAACAUGGUCAGCAGUGGGUCUUCACUGACUCUGGCCAGCUUUGCCCUGGUCAUCGUUGUGGCUUCCGUUGGGGUCCGAUGGAUGAUAGGUGUCACUGAAAUCAACAGAGGAUCUGCCUAUGGUAAGGACGACAGCAAGCCGAAACAGAAGUAGCUUCUCCAGGGACUGCUUACCACCAAAGGCAACGCGGGAAGAUGCUUGACCGCUUUGUCAUUCUCCUUCGUGGGACAGAAAUGGAGGUUUGGGGAGCAUCAUCCAGGAAAGAUUGAAACCCCUUCCCUCUCAAACGGGGGUGGUCUCAACUCUCAGACUGGACAGAAGAUAUACAUGUUAAAAAUCAUUUCCCGCAGUAUUAUUUCUGUUUUAUUUUUGUGUGUCUCCCCUUUGCCCCAACGCUUUGUGACAAAAAUAGGUAGGUGGUGGGGGGAGGGGGUUUCUUUUGUCCCUCCAUUUGGUGCUGUAUUUCCUGGAUUGCCUGUGGCCCAUUAGCAGGUAUGGAAUCAGAGUGCUCUCUCUACCUAAGUGUUCUCCUUCUAACAGCCCCUCAGGGGGAGCUUAGUCUGUUCCCGAUCUGCUCUCCCCAAACUGUUGACUGCCCUCUGACAGUGAGUGGUUUCACUUGAUUUUCUUGACAGCUAAUCCUUUCUUCAAGAGAAAGAACUAGUUCCUAACCACCAAAUGCUGUGUGGCUCUUGGCAAGCUCCCAGGUGUCACCAUCCUCUCAGCCCUUUGGAAAAGGCAGGGUGACAUUUGCCACCCCCAAGCUCCCUGGCAGCACUCUGUGGCGGCCCGUGUUUGGGCAGGGAGGGGCUGCUUGAUCAGUGACUAACCAGGUUGCUCCCCUGUUCUGAGUCUCUGCCCUGGCCCAGAAAACAGGCCAGGCCAGGCCUGUCUCCCACCAGGAGCCGGGCUUUGCGAUCAACCAAGAUUGGGGGAGAUGCGGUGUUCUCUCUUUGAAUACUUUCUGAUCUUUCUUUUUAUUCAUCUGCUCCUCCACAACAGCACACAUUUCUCUGGGGUAGGAAACACUAGCCUCCACUGCUCAGCGGGCAACACAUUUAAAGGCCAUAGACUCAGCAAGUGGCAGCAGCCCUUGUGGAAACUGUCUGAAAUCACUUUGCAGUCAGACAUACUGGAGCUGUUCCUUUCAUUCAAGCAGGUUCAGGUUGUUCAUUACCUCACUCAGCCCUCUCCUCCCCCACCCCCGAAUUGCCUUGCUUGGGGCCCUGGUCACUGGUUAAUCCGGCCAACGAGGUGAGAUGAGUACUUGCCACCAUUUGCCCAGAUGAGCCCUGACUCUCUGUCUCCCUCCCUCGAUGAACGGCAUUUAUUGAGUGUUAUGUGCAGAACACUGUACUAAGUGUGCCCUGUUCCCCCACUUUCUGGUUAAGACUUUAUUUCACACCCAUUAUGGUCCCAGCCUUGAAACUUUAAUCAUUCACCCCUUCACCCAGUCCUCGGAGGGGAAUGCCUCUCGUGAGGCCUGUGAUAGCAGGAGCCUGACCCUGAUCCUUGCCCUUUUGCCUGUAGGGUUUCUGAUGUUGGCUAAAGGACUACCCUAAUACUUUGCUUUAGCUAUGCUGGUGAGACCACUCCACUUCCUUCCUGAUGGGAGUGACAGAGAGAUAUCCAUCCCUUGACCUCUAAUAGCUUCCACUCAAGUGGUGAAAACACAGGAGCAACCAGCAAUUAUAUGCUGUGGCUCCAGGAACUCAGAAGUCUUUUUCCCCCCAGUCGUCUUCUGAGUGGUGGAUGAAAGUGGCAAGAGAACGAACAGCUAUUUUUGAAUCUGCCAUAGAGGUCACCGCUAACGCACCCGAGCGAAGGUGAUUCUGAGGUGUUGCACAGUAAGUGGAGGCUGGUUUCACAAACCAGUGAGGGUUUACCUGGAAAUGUGUCAUCUGCUUUAGCUGUGCCUCCAGUGGCUGCUGCUAACUUUCACCCCAUGAUCCUCAUUUGCCGAGUGCCUUAAUUCAGCGUAUUGAGUCUGGCACGCCAGUGUCCCAUGCCCAAUGACCUCUUCCUGGGCCUGGUUCUCUGCCGCUCAGCUGGCACUCCUUUCCAGAAACAAAUGAGAUUUCUGAAGUGCGUGUUACCACCCUGUUAUGCACUCACUCUUACCCCCAACUACAGACUGCCAGCUCAUCCCCGUACUUCCAUCCCAACAGUCUCGUCUGGUCUGGGCAUCCGGGAGGCUUGUAAUGUCUUGGAAAAAUAGAUCCAGGCUGGGGCAGGGUGUCAGGACCACUAGUGGUUCUCUUCUCUGCCAUCUCAGUGUGGCCAGGGUUCAGCACCUUGAAAACAAAGUGUGCAAGCUACCUGUGGUUUACAUAGAGGAAGGGUCCGUCUGGGAAGAUGUUUGAGGUGUGUUUUCGUUUUCUUUUUUUUCUUCCGGCGGUACCCUACUUUCUAGUUGAAGACACUAACUGUGGAUGAGAGCAGCGGAUGUGAGGGAAUGACCGGACUUUGGAACAGGUCAUUCCUCUGUUUCAGUCCAGAUACUUACAACUGAACAGUCCACUUGAGUUCUGGUCUCUCUUUGCCUAUGGGCUUCACCUCCUUCUCAUAGAAGUGGUUCUAAAUCACUUUCUGAAUGACCAAUUGGGGAGUAUCCAGGAGGGGCAAUUGCUUCCUCUGUCUCCCCAAACUGAUUGACACCUUGACCCUCCAGCUUUUCCUAGCACACAGAAUCGAGUUGGGAAAGGAUCUUACCAAAAUGCAAAAUUCUUCCGGUUGUCCAUCCUCAGUCUCCGUCCAUACUGUUAGCACGUUCAGCCUUAGUGUUUGCCCUCACACAACUGUGUUCUACAACUGCCUUAACAAAAGUAGUCUUAAAUUUGUUUACAUAAAAAUAAAUACAAAUGAAAAGCCAAAUUAUGGACAUUGUCUUGCUGUCUCUUAAGCUCUGCCUUUCCCAACCUCCACCACCCCACCACACACCAAGUUUACAAAAGCCUAGCUUUAAAAUUCAUCAUUGAC